AUGCAAAACUCUGAAUUCACUAAUGUUAAAUUUAGGUUUAAUUCUUUUGUGGUUAGAUAACCUUAAGAUUAUAGUCGUUUAUGGUUAUAGAGAAAAACCAAAAAGAAAUUGAAAUCUCCAAUAGCUUUUGGAUCAUCUUAAGAGAAACUUAAAGGAAAGCAAUUACCUACAUUACCUGAUUAUGAUAUUAAUUAUAGUUCUGUUGAACCUAAUUCACGUAAAGCUAUUAUAACCAAAUGUGAUAAGACUAAAAGAUCUUUAACUGAAAUAUCUAGAUCAUCUAUCAACCCAUUAAAGAUUAGACUUCCAGAAUUGGGGUAGUAAUAAUAAUAAUAAGUGGUGAUAAAACCCUGUAUGUUUCAAAUUAAGGAAUAUACUCCAAAGAUGUAUGACGUUUUACCAUAUACAACUGAUUAGUUAAAAGAAUGUUUUAAAAAUCUAUUGUAAUAUAUAAGAAUUGAGAGAUUAGGUCUAAACACAAGAUAAAAAAACCAGACUAAAAUUUCAUUAUAUGA